AUGGGCGAGACCGCGGAGAAGGGCGCUCCGCUUCUCCUCGACCUUGAAUUACCCCCUGUCGUUCUCUCUCCUUUUCCAUCACUAUACCAGGGGCUUCGAUUGAAUAUGUCGGCUCAGAACUCCGCGGGCAUUCAGACCCUCCUCGAUGCCGAGAGAGAGGCUCAGAAGAUUGUGCAGCAAGACCGCACCAAGCGGAUAAGAGACGCCAAGUCCGAGGCUCAGAAGGAAAUUGAAGAGUACCGCAACCAGAAGGAAAAUGAGUACAAGAAAUUCGAGGCUGAGCACUCGAGCGGAUUCAAGACAGCCGAGGCCGAUGCGAACAAGGAAGCCGAGGAGAAGUUGAAGGGAAUUGAGGCUUCUGGUAAGAAGCAGGGUGACAAGGUGGUGGCGGACCUGAUUAAGGCGACGACCGACGUCAAGCCCCAGGUGCCCGAGAAGAUUGCCAAGGCAUAA